AUGAAUGACGUCUUGCUGCGACCCGCAAUGGUCUUUCUGCUUUUCUCUUUGCUGCACAGCGUUUACGCAGUGGAUUGCGUUUGGGGUAGUUGGAGUCCAUGUAGUGUUGAAUGUGGAAAUGGCACUAGAACUCGUCGGAUUAGUCAAGCGGCUACCAUGAGUGGUCACAAUUGUACAGGACCACCGACUGAGAUCUGCAUAGUCACAUCUUGUAUGGCAACCGAUCUGUCUGCCUCUCUUGGAGCGACAGUGACCAUGAGUUCAGUCUUCGAUUCUACGUAUGUUGCUACAAAGGCUAUAGAUGGCAAUCCAAAAGAUGUUGUUGGUCAGACACUUGAUGGUCGUGAUUGCGCUGCCACGAAAGACUCUGUGAAUCCUUGGCUUCGAGUUGACUUGCUAAAGCAAUAUCUUGUGUCACGUGUUCGAGCUAUCUUACUAGAAGAUAGAGGUGAAAAUGUGUAUGUCCAUGUCGGUAACAACUUAGCAAAGAAUGGGAAUAACAACUACAAUUGUGGAAAGGCUCCCUAUAACAGCUCAAAUUACUUGACUGCAAUAUGGCGAGAUGUUAGUUGCAGUCCACCAGUUUGGGGAAGAUACAUUAGUUUACAGAGAAUAGUGACAAAUCAGGUUCUUCAAGUAUGUGAGGUGGCUUUCAACUAUGUGUUGGAGAUUGCUAUUCUAGACAAUGACACGCAUAUUGAGGGAACAAGAGUGGUAGUUGAUGAGAAUCAAGAUUACUCUAAUCCCAUUGAUUGUGGUGUCAGUCUGCAUGCGACCAACUUUAAUGCUCUCUUGCAAUGGAAACACAACACAACCAAUGAUAUACCAUCUUCAAGUGGACAGAAUGCUGGUGUAUAUCAAGUGUAUGAGAAUGGUGUACAGCGACUGUACAUCAAGUUAGCUAGUGUUUUCGACAAUGGACUCUAUACAUGUCAGUAUACUGCCACUGAUGGCUCUAUGGUGUCAAAGUCAUUUACACUGAGCAUUCGUGUGGAUUGCGUUUGGGGUAGUUGGAGUCCAUGUAGUGUUGAAUGUGGAAAUGGCACUAGAACUCGUCGGAUUAGUCAAGCGGCUACCAUGAGUGGUCACAAUUGUACAGGACCACCGACUGAGAUCUGCAUAGUCACAUCUUGUAUGGCAACCGAUCUGUCUGCCUCUCUUGGAGCGACAGUGACCAUGAGUUCAGUCUUCGAUUCUACGUAUGUUGCUACAAAGGCUAUAGAUGGCAAUCCAAAAGAUGUUGUUGGUCAGACACUUGAUGGUCGUGAUUGCGCUGCCACGAAAGACUCUGUGAAUCCUUGGCUUCGAGUUGACUUGCUAAAGCAAUAUCUUGUGUCACGUGUUCGAGCUAUCUUACUAGAAGAUAGAGGUGAAAAUGUGUAUGUCCAUGUCGGUAACAACUUAGCAAAGAAUGGGAAUAACAACUACAAUUGUGGAAAGGCUCCCUAUAACAGCUCAAAUUACUUGACUGCAAUAUGGCGAGAUGUUAGUUGCAGUCCACCAGUUUGGGGAAGAUACAUUAGUUUACAGAGAAUAGUGACAAAUCAGGUUCUUCAAGUAUGUGAGGUGGCUUUCAACUAUGUGUUGGAGAUUGCUAUUCUAGACAAUGACACGCAUAUUGAGGGAACAAGAGUGGUAGUUGAUGAGAAUCAAGAUUACUCUAAUCCCAUUGAUUGUGGUGUCAGUCUGCAUGCGACCAACUUUAAUGCUCUCUUGCAAUGGAAACACAACACAACCAAUGAUAUACCAUCUUCAAGUGGACAGAAUGCUGGUGUAUAUCAAGUGUAUGAGAAUGGUGUACAGCGACUGUACAUCAAGUUAGCUAGUGUUUUCGACAAUGGACUCUAUACAUGUCAGUAUACUGCCACUGAUGGCUCUAUGGUGUCAAAGUCAUUUACACUGAGCAUUCGUGUGGAUUGCGUUUGGGGUAGUUGGAGUCCAUGUAGUGUUGAAUGUGGAAAUGGCACUAGAACUCGUCGGAUUAGUCAAGCGGCUACAAUGAGUGGUCACAAUUGUACAGGACCACCGACUGAGAUCUGCAUAGUCACAUCUUGUAUGGCAACCGAUCUGUCUGCCUCUCUUGGAGCGACAGUGACCAUGAGUUCAGUCUUCGAUUCUACGUAUGUUGCUACAAAGGCUAUAGAUGGCAAUCCAAAAGAUGUUGUUGGUCAGACACUUGAUGGUCGUGAUUGCGCUGCCACGAAAGACUCUGUGAAUCCUUGGCUUCGAGUUGACUUGCUAAAGCAAUAUCUUGUGUCACGUGUUCGAGCUAUCUUACUAGAAGAUAGAGGUGAAAAUGUGUAUGUCCAUGUCGGUAACAACUUAGCAAAGAAUGGGAAUAACAACUACAAUUGUGGAAAGGCUCCCUAUAACAGCUCAAAUUACUUGACUGCAAUAUGGCGAGAUGUUAGUUGCAGUCCACCAGUUUGGGGAAGAUACAUUAGUUUACAGAGAAUAGUGACAAAUCAGGUUCUUCAAGUAUGUGAGGUGGCUUUCAACUAUGUGUUGGAGAUUGCUAUUCUAGACAAUGACACGCAUAUUGAGGGAACAAGAGUGGUAGUUGAUGAGAAUCAAGAUUACUCUAAUCCCAUUGAUUGUGGUGUCAGUCUGCAUGCGACCAACUUUAAUGCUCUCUUGCAAUGGAAACACAACACAACCAAUGAUAUACCAUCUUCAAGUGGACAGAAUGCUGGUGUAUAUCAAGUGUAUGAGAAUGGUGUACAGCGACUGUACAUCAAGUUAGCUAGUGUUUUCGACAAUGGACUCUAUACAUGUCAGUAUACUGCCACUGAUGGCUCUAUGGUGUCAAAGUCAUUUACACUGAGCAUUCGUGUGGAUUGCGUUUGGGGUAGUUGGAGUCCAUGUAGUGUUGAAUGUGGAAAUGGCACUAGAACUCGUCGGAUUAGUCAAGCGGCUACCAUGAGUGGUCACAAUUGUACAGGACCACCGACUGAGAUCUGCAUAGUCACAUCUUGUAUGGCAACCGAUCUGUCUGCCUCUCUUGGAGCGACAGUGACCAUGAGUUCAGUCUUCGAUUCUACGUAUGUUGCUACAAAGGCUAUAGAUGGCAAUCCAAAAGAUGUUGUUGGUCAGACACUUGAUGGUCGUGAUUGCGCUGCCACGAAAGACUCUGUGAAUCCUUGGCUUCGAGUUGACUUGCUAAAGCAAUAUCUUGUGUCACGUGUUCGAGCUAUCUUACUAGAAGAUAGAGGUGAAAAUGUGUAUGUCCAUGUCGGUAACAACUUAGCAAAGAAUGGGAAUAACAACUACAAUUGUGGAAAGGCUCCCUAUAACAGCUCAAAUUACUUGACUGCAAUAUGGCGAGAUGUUAGUUGCAGUCCACCAGUUUGGGGAAGAUACAUUAGUUUACAGAGAAUAGUGACAAAUCAGGUUCUUCAAGUAUGUGAGGUGGCUUUCAACUAUGUGUUGGAGAUUGCUAUUCUAGACAAUGACACGCAUAUUGAGGGAACAAGAGUGGUAGUUGAUGAGAAUCAAGAUUACUCUAAUCCCAUUGAUUGUGGUGUCAGUCUGCAUGCGACCAACUUUAAUGCUCUCUUGCAAUGGAAACACAACACAACCAAUGAUAUACCAUCUUCAAGUGGACAGAAUGCUGGUGUAUAUCAAGUGUAUGAGAAUGGUGUACAGCGACUGUACAUCAAGUUAGCUAGUGUUUUCGACAAUGGACUCUAUACAUGUCAGUAUACUGCCACUGAUGGCUCUAUGGUGUCAAAGUCAUUUACACUGAGCAUUCGUGUGGAUUGCGUUUGGGGUAGUUGGAGUCCAUGUAGUGUUGAAUGUGGAAAUGGCACUAGAACUCGUCGGAUUAGUCAAGCGGCUACAAUGAGUGGUCACAAUUGUACAGGACCACCGACUGAGAUCUGCAUAGUCACAUCUUGUAUGGCAACCGAUCUGUCUGCCUCUCUUGGAGCGACAGUGACCAUGAGUUCAGUCUUCGAUUCUACGUAUGUUGCUACAAAGGCUAUAGAUGGCAAUCCAAAAGAUGUUGUUGGUCAGACACUUGAUGGUCGUGAUUGCGCUGCCACGAAAGACUCUGUGAAUCCUUGGCUUCGAGUUGACUUGCUAAAGCAAUAUCUUGUGUCACGUGUUCGAGCUAUCUUACUAGAAGAUAGAGGUGAAAAUGUGUAUGUCCAUGUCGGUAACAACUUAGCAAAGAAUGGGAAUAACAACUACAAUUGUGGAAAGGCUCCCUAUAACAGCUCAAAUUACUUGACUGCAAUAUGGCGAGAUGUUAGUUGCAGUCCACCAGUUUGGGGAAGAUACAUUAGUUUACAGAGAAUAGUGACAAAUCAGGUUCUUCAAGUAUGUGAGGUGGCUUUCAACUAUGUGUUGGAGAUUGCUAUUCUAGACAAUGACACGCAUAUUGAGGGAACAAGAGUGGUAGUUGAUGAGAAUCAAGAUUACUCUAAUCCCAUUGAUUGUGGUGUCAGUCUGCAUGCGACCAACUUUAAUGCUCUCUUGCAAUGGAAACACAACACAACCAAUGAUAUACCAUCUUCAAGUGGACAGAAUGCUGGUGUAUAUCAAGUGUAUGAGAAUGGUGUACAGCGACUGUACAUCAAGUUAGCUAGUGUUUUCGACAAUGGACUCUAUACAUGUCAGUAUACUGCCACUGAUGGCUCUAUAAUGUCAAAGUCAAUUACACUGAUCGUUCGUGAAGCUACAAGUGGUUUAUCGGGAUGGGGCAGUACACAAUUGCCUACUAGGACUUCUACGUUUGUGUCAACUGCAACUCGAUCUACAUCAGUGACUGUAACUGUUUCAUGGCCAAACACUGUUACAGUCAACACCCAACUGUCCUCCACAACUUCUACGCACGCGUCAUCGAAGGACGCUACAAGAGGGGCAACCCGUAUGUCAACAACACCCACUGUUCGAGCUAACGACGCUUUUUCUACACCGAUUGCCUCAACAAUUUUGUCUGUUUUGCCUCGUGAUUAUACAAAGGCGAUGGUCACAAAAACUUCAUUGACGUCACAAAUUCACACAACACAAAUUUCUAGCUCCAGCAAUUCCAGACAAGCAACAACUCGUGAGGCAACGACACUAAUGACAACAGACUUGGAUACAAUAGCUCAUGAAACAAAAUCGAGUUCUUCCAACCAUGCAAUAUACGCAGCAGUUGCUGCUGCAGUUGGAGUUAUUGUUGUAAUUGCGUCUAUAAUCUCCGUAUUUAUCGUCCGGCGAAGAAGAACAGGAAAGUUGGAUUUCAAAAGAUUUCUAUCACAUGUGGCAGGCGCUAAAGGUGGGUCAGCAGAUGACGCAGAUUUUCGCGGUACAGCAACUUUCCCUGCAAAUAGGCGACAUGAAAAGAGCAACAAUACGUGCGAUGGAAAAACAUCAGACGAUCUGCAGUUGAAUCCACUCUAUAGCGAAAUUGCGUCGCAACAUGGGAUGACUGAAAAUUUCUUAACGGCUGCGUCUCAUAAAGAUUCUAAAGGUGACAAGAUGACUAUACUUCAUGAAUCAGUAGAUCAGGUAAAGAAAACUGCGGCACGUGAGUCAGAGAACGUCAUCUACAACAUGUGACAGAUGGCAUGCUGCAUGCGAUAGCAUUUAUAUACCAGGUACGGUAUUAUCAUUUCUACGGAUAUUAGUUACCGUGUAAGCAUUGUGCACAGUCAACAAUAUAAUUCUGAUUUUGUAACAAUACCCAUUUAAUUAAUAAUGGUAAUAAGUUUAGGCACCAGA